AUGAGUAACUCUCCAGCUAUUCCACCUCGGCCAUCUGGCGACCCUCACAAGCAAUUCCUAUGCCUCACUAUCUGCGGUUACAAAAAGAAUGGCAUGAGUGAGGAAGAUUAUAGACACCAUAUGCAACAAGUCUCGGCGCCAAUGACCAAAGAUCUCAUGGUGAAAUACGGAGUGAAAAGAUGGACUCAAAUUCACAACCAGCAAGAAACACGAGCCCUUAUGAACCGGCUUUUUGAUCACCAGAUGGCCAAUUUGGCUGACUUCGACUGCUUCAGUCAGGUUGUCUUCAAGGAUGUGGACGAUUACAAACGCAUGAAGGAUGACCCAUGGUACAAGCAACAUCUGGUUGGUGACCAUGAGAAAUUUGCAGAUACAAAGAGGAGUGCGAUGACUAUCGGGUGGAUUACGGAGUUUAUUCGGGAUGGCGAGGUUGUUGACUGCAUGAAGGACUAUUCACCUGCACCGAGCCUUCUCACCACGUUGGUGCGCACAACUCAAACGGUCGCUCCCAUUGCGAUGGUCUUGUACGGGAUUUAUCGAUAUGUUUCCAAGUCGCCAUAA